UCGAAACGCCCUAGUUAAGAAGGGAUUGCGUCGGUGCAGGAGUGCAUUUCCGAUGGCAACCACUGUAAAUGGCCUUGGCCUCAACACAACCACAGCACCUGACACCUUGCAACUGGAAGAUUUCAUCGAAUAUAGGAUAUCUUUGAAAAUACAUCUCUAUGUUUUACCUAUCUUGGUAUCGAUCGGAAUUCCCGGAAACAUCAUUUCCUUCGUCGUCCUUGUAUUUUCCUCCUUUCGACAGAGAACCUCCUCGAUAUAUUUAGCCACCCUGGCCAUUCUUGACACGGUGAUUCUCAUUAUCAGCCUGCUGUGGUUCAUCAGCUUUUAUCACCCAGAAGAAAAAAUAUUUCGCGAGGGCACGUGCCAGUUCAUCCAUCUUGUUUUUUAUUUCGCCAUCCACUUCGAUGUACUGGUGAUGGUGGCCAUGACAGUCGAACGAUUCAUUGCCGUAGUUUUCCCGUUAAAGGCGCCAAAUCUAAUCUCAGCGAAAAAGGCGUUCAUCGUGAUAGCUGGACUAGGAUUGUUUUCGUUCGCUCUUAACCUGCACCAUGUCUUCACGAAGGGGAUGAUAACAACUUCUAGUGGCUAUUCCAGUUGUUGGAUUGUCGGUGACGAAACAACCAAGUACUUUGUCGGGAAAAUCUACCCCUGGAUCGACUCCGUCGUCUACUUCCUGAUCCCCGUGACGUCACUGUUUGUUCUAAAUAUAGCAAUGAUCGUCAAGAUGCGCAGCCGGCAGUCUUUCACUGAGACGGGCCAAAGACAGAUGACAGUGAUGCUGCUAUUGGUCACCUUUGCCUUUCUCAUUCUGACUGGACCAAUGGGAAUCGUCCUUAUGUUAGGCCGCUACUCGUGGCACCCGGAAACUGUCGAAGAGAAGGCGGUGUCGAAGUUGAUCCACAGCAUCGUCGACAACAUGAUGUACGCCAACCACGCCGUCAACUUCGUCUUGUAUUGUAUGAGUGGUCGCAGGUUUAGAGACGAGGUCAAGGACAUGUUCUGUUGCCGAACGUGCAGGGGAAAUGACGGAACCUUUAAGAAUUCUACGGAAAUCGAUAUGUCUGUUUCGACUGCUUUGUAGGUCAUGCACACACGUGGGUCUUUGAUUUGUUUAGUGACACAACUAGAGCACAUUGAUUUCAUGGCUAUUGGAAUGAAUGAAUGAAUGGAUGGAUGGAUGAACGAACGAACGAAUGAAUGAAUAAAUGAAAGAAUGAAUGAAUGAAUGAAUGAAUGAAUGAA